UCAAGAAUUUCCACUUUUAGAGGUAGCGGGGGCCUCUAGAAUAAAUAUGACUCAGCAUUUCUAGCUAUCCCUUCAGCAUUUGCUGAAAAUAAAGCUCGAGUCUGGCAGUUCUUUCAUUACAGGCGAGAACAGUGAGUACUUGUUCAUCUUAUGCUGUGUUCUCUUGCUGCAUCAUUAAUGUCGCUCCUGCUGCUCACUAUGUUCUCUCUCGACUGGCUGUUCCGCGCACUUGCCACAGCAUCUCUCCUAAUUCCGAAUUUACGCACAUUAUUCAGAAUGUGGACAGCUUGUGCACUCAUGCUCUUGAGGAAACCAUGAAGGAUUUCCACGAGACAGAUAUCUGGUAUCCCAUAGAGAUGUACGGAUGCUCUUCGACAUUGUCUGUACCGCUCAUGGCUGCGACUUUUGCGAAACAAACUACAGCUCUCUCAUCUAUCCGGCUUUCAAAGACACUGAGCGCAUCGUCGAAGCUGGGUCCCGAACCUGUGGUGCGCUGGUCGGACCUCCCUCGAUGCCUGAAAUGUAGCCAACUAUGUCGGCCUAGAGUUGUAUGGUUUGGCGAACGACUGCAUGGCAUUCAUGAGAUAAUACGACAUCUUUAGUUUUCAAACUUUCAUUUACGCAGUUUGCGUGAUCUCGAGGAUAUUUACAUAGCUACCGUACUAUCCCACAUUGUCCACUACGGCUUGUUGACAUCGGAUUAAUUUUGUACGAACCCGGCUGACGUUCACGUGG